UACAUUUUAGUUAAUAAAUCCUCGGUUCAGACAAUUACAAAUAAAAUCUUCGGCUCUUCCUGGCCAGUGAACUUGCCUGGAGCUUUCAAAAUUAUCUCGUCGUCAAGUCCAGGAAUAUUAAGAACCUGCAGGUCUUUUCUUGUGUUUUUGCUCAUCAUCAUCAUUAUAACCACAUUUUAACGUUUCUCAUUAUGCUUUUGAUUCGUCGAAGAUAAAAAAAAAAAAAUGGAGUCUUUCUUAUCUUCAGACAGCUCAGAUUUGUCUUUUCCAUCUUUUUUAUUAUUAUAAGAUCACGUCGUUAUAAUCAUCAUCAAUCCCCUGUUUGUCUCUUCGAUUAUUUUGGGAUAAAUUCAAAUUCGACUUAUUGCAUAUAUGUAUUUUUUUUUUAAUUUUGUCAAAAACAUGAUCAGAAUCAACGAUGAAAUUUGAGGUUAGGGGCAAUUUCCAUUUGUGAAAAUCUUGCUUCUCUGAUGAUAUGAUCGUACAAGAUCAAAGUUUUGGCUUCUUCCGUUGACCUGUUCUUUGCAUAUAACCGUUGGUUUUCAGAUCCUAUGAGAAGGCUCUUAGAUGGCGUCGUCAAACUCAGAAAAGAGAUGGAUAUUCCCUCUAGCAAUGGCUUCUCUCAUGUUCACAUUCCUUAUAGCUGCAUCCUUCAACAUGGGUCUCCUCUCUUCCGUGCGUUCCAUUAACUCACUCAUCUUCUCCUCAAAUCUAUCAUCCACAAACGAAACAGCUGUCGAAUUCGCAGAGUCAAAGAUCAAUAACUCGUCCUCCUCGCAUCCUCCUCCAGUACAGUCGUCUAGUCCUCGCUUUGGUUAUCUGGUUUCUGGUUCAAGAGGUGACUUAGAGAGCCUGUGGAGAGUGUUGAGAGCGUUGUACCAUCCGAGGAAUCAGUACGUUGUUCAUCUCGACCUCGAGUCUCCUGCUGAAGAGAGGCUUGAGUUGGCUAAACGUGUCAGAGAAGACCCUGUUUUCAGCGACGUUGGGAAUGUUUUCAUGAUCACAAAGGCUAACCUCGUUACGUAUCGAGGCCCUACGAUGGUGGCUAACACGCUCCACGCUUGCGCCAUCCUCUUGAAGCAGAGUAAAGAUUGGGAUUGGUUCAUCAAUCUCAGCGCUUCAGAUUAUCCUCUAGUGACUCAAGAUGAUCUUAUUCAUACGUUCUCGGGACUGGACCGGAACCUCAACUUUAUCGACUACACUAGCAAACUAGGCUGGAAAGCAGAUAAACGAGCAAAGCCUCUGAUCAUAGACCCGGGGCUAUACUCGACCAAAAAGUCUGAUGUCUUUUGGGUUACACCUCGCAGAACCAUGCCGACCGCAUUCAAACUAUUCACCGGUUCAGCUUGGAUGGUUUUAUCUCGGUCGUUCGUCGAAUAUUGCAUAUGGGGAUGGGACAAUCUUCCACGGACUCUUCUAAUGUAUUACACAAACUUCCUCUCUACACCAGAAGGAUAUUUUCAAACAGUGGUAUGCAACGUGCCAGAGUAUUCGGGCACGGUGGUUAACCACGACCUUCAUUACAUCUCGUGGGACAAGCCUCCCAAACAGCAUCCUAGGUUGCUCAACGUCAGUGAUACAGAGAGGAUGAUUGCGAGUGGAGCUGUGUUUGCACGCAAGUUCAGACACAAUGAUCCUGCUUUGGACAGGAUCGAUAAAGAGCUGCUCGGUAGAGGCAGUGGGAACUUUACACCUGGCGGUUGGUGUGCGGGCGACCCGAAAUGCUCUAAAGUUGGUGAUCCGUCAAAGAUCAGUCCCGGUCCUGGUGCUAACCGGCUAAGUUCGCUUGUUACAAGACUUGUUUUGACAACUAAAUUGACUCGAAGGCAGUGUAGUACAUAGGCUCUCAGCAGCUGAAUGCGUCGUUAGAGGCCAUUUCUGUUUAGAUGUUUCAUGUCAAAAUUAAUUCUUUACUACAAUGUGACCACGCACAAUGUGGAGAUUUUGUCACUAUUUUCAAAGCCAUAUAUAAUAAUAUACGAAUUCACUUCUUCUUCACAUAGAAACCCUACUCAGUGUAUUAUCUCGUUGUUUAUAAAACAAACCUUUUAGAAA